AUGACUGCGAAUGCCACCGCACACGGGUCGACCGCACCUCGACGCAGCAGACCCAAGCCUGACAGCCUCCAGCAGAUGCUGGAUUUGGAACAUGCCCGAAAGCUCGAGCGUCUUAAGGGGCACCAGUCCAUGCCUCCCUACUUCCAUCCUUCUCACCUAGCGUUUCAGCAAGUUCUACGGCAGCAUGUGAACGAAGCUCGCCCUCCACAGUCUCCGCCGAGACUGAGUCCCUUUCCCGUCAUCAAUGCUCAGCCGCCGGCGAAGCCUCUCGUCCCAUUGCAGUCUCGUCGGAGGGAGUCGUCUGUGCAGCUUCCUGCCCCCAAGACAGACUUACUGCCCUCGGCUAUGAAAGCUUCCCGCCGAAUCACCACCCUGCCUCCUUUAUCCAUCUCGGUGCCGCUUCCCCCCUCAAACACCAAGACGCAAAUCGAUCGCGAAGCAAAUCCCAAGGAGUCUGUCGAGCACAAGCACAAGACAGUCACCUUCUUGGACAUUGUCGCUCCCGAGGAGCCCACCGCUGACGACGCAUCCUCCAUCUGCCACUCCCCAAGCUGGGAGUCCUUUGGUCAGAACAAGAAGAAGGAGAAGAAGAACGAGGCCAAGAUGCGCAGGAAGGAGAAAGAACAGAUCGAGAGACAGAUCGAAAAGGAGGCCAAGUCCGUCAAGAAGAUGCUAGCCGCCAAGCUAAGCAAGGCUCCUCCGUCGCGGCCUCCCAAUGCCUCGAGGUCCAUCUCAAGCCCGAUCACGUCUGCCGACGACCAGCUUCGCUCAGCGAGCGCUCAUGCAUUCUACGACCCGCCUCCACCAAAUCGUCUUCUGCAUACCAGGCAACGGUCCGACUCGGUGGCGAUGCAAAUUAAGGCUGCGUUGACUGGUCACAAGUCACCAAUCCAGUCUCAGCCUCACGAGAACGACGGUUUCAUCGGCGGCUUGAAGCUUGAUCAGAAGCUACAGGCGAUUGAAACUGGCAUGCCUCUUAGAAAACCUGUUCCGUUGGCUUCUCUGACGCACCAGAGAGCCAAUUCGUUUGGCCCCGAGGUAAAGGUAACGCCGCCGGCCUUCUCUGCCCCUAGUCUCCCACGGUCUUCCUCAUACGGACCUCAGACUGAGACAAACAAACAUCGUGAGGAUGACGACUUCUCUUCAAAAUCAGCACGAGUUUCCUCAAUGCAUAUUCCAUCUUGGAGCCAGCCUCUAGUAUCUCCUUCGGCACCGCCUGUACCGGAUCUGGGCAACCUCCAGCAGUGGAAACCCCAGGAGGCACAAGCAAAACUUCAAGAUCUUGUCGUCGACAAUGACGACGCCGAGCUGGAGCCUCCCAGCGCACUGGGUGAAUUUGUGCUCGAACAAGAACGAGGUCGAAGGAGGGAGAGCUAUGUCCACCAGUCCCGCCAGCAAAGCCGGGAACCAUCCGUCACUGGCUCCAAGGAUGAGGUUCGUGUCUCAUCUGCCAAAUCUCAGUAUCCUCCUCCGGCCAAUCGACAACAUCAACCUCGUACGCACCCGUCGUCUUCCGGAAGCAGUCCCCUGGCCGGCAAUUUCACGCCGCGUAAUGGCUCUGUGACCAAUCUCAACGUUCGCAGUGAUCAAUCGCCCCAAGCCGAAGACUUCACGCGCACUUUCCGUCUCCCCUACACCCCCCCAGUCCAGGCCAGCCCCAAUCAAGGGUCGUUCGAUCGUUCAACCUCGCAAGGGCCCUCCCUUUCCAGGACGAUGCCGAGGGAGAGGCUUCAGCCCACAAAAGGGGGCACAGUCAGGAGCUUCAGGGAUGCGGCCAGAGCAGCUUUACAAAAAGUCUCUAGUCCAUCAUCUUCCAAGCCCGCUGUGUCCAGUUACUUCACGCGUGCCGCAAAGGAUACGACUGUGAUACCCGACUCUCCAUCAAGCUCCAGGUACUCGACUGAUGAGCCUUCGCCAAUCCAAGCUGCACCCGCUCGGCUGUUUGCUCAAACUGCUGGAUUAACCAUGCCAUCGAGGGAUUCAUCGGCUCGCCCGACCGAUAGGUCAUCCAUAUCCUCGUGUGACGAAGGCAUGCCUUCUUCAUCGCCAGCCACGACCCCGGAUUCUUCGAGGCCCCAGUCGGAGAAGGGGCUGCCGCAGGCGGAUGAAGAAGUAGGAACAGUGUACACCGAGGCUGUGUUGGUUUCCAACGACACGAGAUCGCACAGAAUCUCUCAGGCAGCCAUCCUGACGUCUUCGCCGACGGUCUCGAACCCAAGGAUCAGUCUCCCUCCUCAGAUUCCAGUCCAAACUCACGGGGCUCAUAUGGACGAGCUGGAGGCUCUUGUGGCGGAGACGUUUCGCAGGAAUGCCAGUGUGGUCGAUGCCGAUGACAGCGACUCAUCCCAGGAAUAUCCGACCCCCACGCAUACAGAGAGCUCAAAGUCUUCAAAUUUGGCCACACCGGUGACUUCUGCACCCCUCAUGAGUCCUCAGGAGUACAGGCAAGAGGAGCAGAGGCAGGCCGAGGAUGUCGCUCCGCUGAUGCAGAAUGAGCCAACAUGUUCGGUUCAACGUCACCCAAGCUUGACCAAGAGCCGCUCGAGCCCUGAUCUUGUCCUAGAUACAAGUUUCCUUCCCAAGCUCAAGCAUCAGCCUCUGGUUCCUCGGGCACUUGCUCCGCAUCCGCCACCGCGAUCACCCAAGCGCGCAUCUGUUAGUAUGCCGGGCAUCAAUACAACGGCUCAAGCUUCUCCGUUAUCGGACGCGGUAUGGAGGAAAUCGAUUGUGCCUCUCAAGACGUCUGCUAACCCAUCGGGUUACCUCGAGGAGGCGCGCAUGUCCAUGCAAGGCCCGCCUCCCCCGGCUGGGACCCCGCGGUCCAACCGUGCAUCUCGGGCAUCCAUUUUACCUCCCAGUGGCAAUCCGGAACCGGUCGCCAAGAUGCUGGUGGAAUGCUGCAGCUGCAAGUUCUUGCACGACUUGCCCAGCAAAGUCUACGAGUGCAUGGCGAAUCCUGAGGGUAAGGUCGAAGACCGAAAACUCGGGGUCAGCGGCGUCAUUACGACAACGGUAAAGUGCCCAUGGUGCUCUCACGGAAUGACGACUCAAUGCUGCGCAGGAUAUGCGGCAGUCAUCUACCUCAAGGAGAAGCUACACUAG